AUGGUCAAGAUGGAGCAUGAAGAUGGAAAAAAUGAAACAGAGCAUGCCCGUAAAUUAUUUAUUGGAGGUCUGGACUACCGAACAACAGACGAUUCGCUGAAGAAACAUUUCGAGAAAUGGGGCGAAAUAGUCAACGUCGUCGUGAUGAAAGACCCCAAGACCAAACGUUCACGAGGCUUUGGAUUUAUAACUUAUUCACACGCGCACAUGGUCGACGAUGCACAGAAUGCAAGACCUCAUCGAGUCGAUGGCCACGUUGUUGAGCCGAAACGCGUGGUCCCGAGGCAGGAGAUCGGGCGGCCCGAGGCCGACGCCACCGUCAAGAAACUCUUUCUCUGUGGACUUAAAGACGACCUCGAGGAAGAAGAUGUGAGACAGUAUUUUCAGAGCUACGGAAGUAUAAAUUCAAUUAGUAUUGUCACUGACAAAAAGACUGAUAAUUAUUUUUUGUUAAAUAUAUGA